GAAGAAACACGCCGCGAGUCCCGCACCGUGAUUGGCCCAAACUCUACGCGAGUAAAAAACCGUCACACCCCGGAAGAAUGACAUGUUUAUUGAAGCGAACGUUUGAGGUAUCUUAAUGCAAAAAAGAUACAAACGUUGAAUGGACCAUAAUGGCGUCUUACUUUGAAGAACAUGACUGUGAGCCCACUAACCCAGAGGAACAGUACCGUCAGAACGCCCUGCUCGAGCUGGCCAGGUCUUUGAUGCAGGGCUUGGACCUGCUCGACUCGGGCGUGUUUGACUUGUCAGACUGGGACCAACGUCUCCCGCCUCCGGCUGCCAAGACCGCCGUGCAGACCCUCACCGUGGUAGUCAUCUCUCCAGAACAAGCAGACAAAGGUGUGAAGUGUCCAGUUUGUUUGCUGGAGUUUGAGGAACAAGAAACGGUUCGUGAGAUGCCCUGCAAACACCUUUUCCACUCGGGGUGUAUAAUGCCCUGGCUGGGCAAGACCAACUCCUGUCCACUGUGUCGACUGGAACUGCCAACUGACAAUCCAGAGUAUGAGGAGUUUAAGAAAGAUAAGGAGAGAAGAAAACAGAGAGAACACCGGCUGGAGGAUCUACACGGAGCCAUGUACACAUGACGUGACGAUGCUGCGGUGCAAGUUGGUAGCACAGUGACAUAUUUUACGGAAAAUUAUAAAAGUAUAAAUGAACAAAAAAAGAGAAAGCUUCAGGGAAUACAUAAUGCUGCAUUCGUGCCAUUUCGUGCAGAAUGUGAUUAUAAGCAUGUAGCUGGUAAAACAUUUGUCAGCCUCAUAUUUGUAACUAUGAGAAAUAUCUAUAGUGUCUAUCCAUUAGCAAAAUAUAAUAAUGGAACUAUCAAGAAAUGAAAAUGCUUACGUCAUCAGGAGCUCCUUGUAAAUCAAAUCCAAUAUGACAAAUUUCUAACAGUAAAAAAUAGCUAGUCUAAUAUUCAAUAUAUGUAUCCGUUGUGACCGUCAGCAUUUGGUGAUAAACCUGGUGGACUGACGAGGGUCCUCUCCCGUGUGAGAGUCGGAGGGUUCAGAGUCAUUGAAAAUGAAAAUGCAAAUUGGGCAAAAAAAAUUUUCUCAUUAGUUAGAAUGAAUAUUUUAAGACGAGACUUUCCUCUCUGAAGCUCCUCACUUCAGUCUCUUUGUUCCUUUUCUUUCUUUUUUUCAUAAAUCCAUGAGCUUUAAAUGCAUUAAAAGAAAAAUCUGUUCAUCUGUUUUUGUUCAAUGAAUAUGAAUUAUUUAAAGAUAAAAAUAUAUUUAGCAGUGAAUCACAAAAGUAUUUAAAUCAGAAUUUUGAUUUUCAAUAGCAGCCCAGCAGUAUAAUUAAAUAAUAAUAAUGGUAUGCGCUUCCAUUUCUGGGUCCUCGUUAAAGAUGGGUCCAAAAAAAAAGAAAUGUCAAAAAUGAAUUAUAUUUUCACACCUGACCUAACUCUUAUCUCUCUCUUAACGAGAGCCACAGAAGACAUGUUACGACUGGGGGAGUUGUAACACGUCCGACUCAUGUGUUAAGCUGUUUUCCCCCCUGACCUCGUCCCACAAUACACAAAAACAAUAGUCUGGAUUCUUUCGACGGGGACUUGGGUCUGGUGACAGUGCCCGUGUGUAGACCGAUGCCCUGCUCCGACACUUUUUAACCAGCAGUAUGUAUAGUAUGUUGGCCCUUCUUAAUGUCGCGUGCUUUGUCAAAAGUUGUUUCUAUUUCUGCUUGCAAAUAAAUACACCUUUUUUAAAUAUA